AUGGCGUCGACCGCGGCGGAUCGGUCCGCGGCCGAGGCCUUCUGGGGAGAGCUCUGGGCAAAGACACUCGGCGGCGUCUAUGCGGCCUUUACAUACGAGGAAUUGGUCCUGCAAAUAUCGCCGCUGAGCCUCGUACUGGCACUGUCGCCUUUUUUCCUGCGUCACUACUCCCAGGCGCCAGUGUACCUGCGGCACCUUCCAUUUCCACGCCUAAAACUGGUACGUCGUCAAGAACACUUGCUCUUGUCGCUUAAGCCUUCUCACAUGCUUCUUCUUCAGUUCGCUGCCGGCUCUCUCAUAUGCCUGGAACUUUUAAAUGUCCUUCUUCGCCGCAUGCGACUCGACCCGCAAGCCGAUACCAUGGUUGCCGCGGCACUGAUCGAUUUAGUUGCUGCACUCACAAUAGGCAUCAUGCUCUACAUUGAGCAAGGUCACAGGAUUCGUGCAUCCAGACUGCUCCGUGUAUACCUUCUCUUGGGCUGCGUGAUUGAUGCUGCCAAGUGCCGUCUCUUCUACCUAGAUCGAGGUCUGUCAUCUGCUUCAGCCAUUGCUGCUUCGGCUGGGGGCUUCCGGCUUCUUCUUCUGCUUUUGGAGGUAUUUCCGACAAAGCAGCUUGUGGUACACGAAAACGCUUCCGUCGCCGCCGAGAAUGAAACCGCUCGACGAGAGAAGAGACGCCGAGCCUGCUUCGUGUUCCCAGGGCUCUCCAUUUCCAGGCAGCUUCGCAUCUCCAUCGAAAACGGCAACCUCAUGCCCAUUGCUGCCGAGUUUGCCUCUGACCGCUUAAAUGAAAAGCUCAGGAAUUACUGGCAGCUGAGUGCCGAGAAAGCAGACCAAAUGGAGAAAGCGCGACGCACGGCACAAAUCGACGGCAAAGCAGCACCACAUCUCGAGCUGGAGAGCCUGAUGACAACCUGCGGUACAGUCUGGGAUACUGAAAUCCGGCGAAUAUUGGUGCCGCGGCUCAUUUUCGCCAUAUGCACAUUCAGUCAACCCUUCAUUUUGAAGGCAGUCAUCGAUGUCAGUGGCCAGGAUCAUGCCUCUUUGCUGCGCAAAGCUUGCCUGAUCUCUGCCACGCUCGCAGCCUUUGUCGGUAUGACCAUUGGCAAAUCAUCAUAUGCACACAUGAAUUAUUUAAUGGUCACACGUUUACGAGGAAGCUUCAUUACACAGAUCAUCGAAAAGACUCACCGUAUCUCGUACAAGGAUGCACGUGAAUCUGCUACCGUCUCUCUAUUGAGCACUGCCAUUGAUGGUAUUGCCGUCGCAUUACCCAGACUGCUGGAGCUUCCAAUCAUAUUUUUAGAGACGUACUUUGGCAUUUAUGCGCUUUCAUUCUUUGUUGGAAAUUCGAGCUUCCUGGUGGUCGUACCCGUCUUGGUCUCCAACAUCUUUUCAUGGUUCUGGGGUUUCGUAACCGGGCCGGCACUCGCAGCAUACAACAAAGGCUCCGAAACUCGCGUCUCACAGACUUCGUCCAUUCUCUAUCAACUGGGAGCAAUCAAAAUGAUGGGACUCGGCCCUACCGUCGCUAACUUUCUUCAGCGCCUACGACAAGAAGAGGUGAAUCUAUCGAAAACACAUCGAUGCCUCGAGACGGUAACCAUGCCUUUUGUCCAGAUUGCCAAUCUCGUGACGCCUGUUUGGAUAGUUAGCAAAGCGCUUUCACAAGAGGAAUACAGCCAAGCCGUCCCAGCCAAUGUCAUCUUUCCAAUCCUCGCUCUUGUUGUGGCCAUACAGGGUCCUCUUGGUCGACUUCUGGACAUGUACUCUACCGUAUCGUCUCUCAGCAACUAUUUUGAUCGGAUUCAGAAUUUUCUGAGCUUGCCGGAACGAGAUGAGUGCCGCUUCAUCAAAGAUAAACACGCUCCCAAGCAUCGCCGCAUUCCGCCUAGGCAUCAACAGUUCGUCCAUCCUGUCGAAAUGGUUGACGUGGACAUUGCACCUCCUGGAGUACGACAACCCAUCCUCUUCCGUGUUGAUUUCUCUCUCGUGCAAGGGUCAAUCACGGCAUUCAUCGGUCCGCCUGGAACGGGAAAGAGCACACUACUGCAUGGCAUACUCGGCGAAGCUACUCUGGUAGAAGGGGCAAUUUGUGUCCAGAAUGAAGAAAUGGCAAUUUGUGGCCAGGUAACCUGGUUGCAGGAUGUAUCGAUUUUGGACAAUAUCAUCGGACCUUUGCCUUAUAACGCCGAUUUUUUCCAAAGGGUCAUUAGUUGCUGCUUGCUCCAGAAUGAUUUGCAGCGUCUUCCCGGCAAGGCUGAUUACAUUGUUGGCCCCGGUGGCAGAAAUCUCACGGCCGGUCAACGCCAGAGAAUCGGCAUCGCAAGGACAGUCUAUGCACGCACUGCAGUGAUGCUGUUCGAUGACCCUUUCGGCGCUCUCGACCGUAAAACGGCAGUGUCCAUCAUCUUUCACCUAUUCGGCGCCAGUGGUCUCUUGAGGGAAAUGGGCAUCACAGUUGCUCUGGUGUCUUAUUUGCGCGAGAGUCUCGAUGUCUCUGAUAGAGUUCUUCUGCUCGAUGGCCGUGGCUAUGCUUCCCUCGAGGACCAACCCUUCCAGACUCCCGCGUUCGCAGCGGCCGUUAAAAGUGUAUUCAGCUCUGUACCCGAUGGUCCCCCCGAAGAAGUGGAAGACGCCGAAAUGGAAGCGAUACGCCGGUCCAUGAAGUUCGAAUUGCAGUCGUCUCGUCCUACUGUUGGAGGGCCGACCGCUAUUCAGCCAUCGCCUACACGAUUGUCUACCCUCUAUAUUAAGCCUAUUGGAUACUUCUCCGUCACUUUAUACAUGCUGCUCAUAUUUUGUCUCGCUCUCGGAGAGCACUUUCCCAACAUUUAUCUUCGAGACUAUUUCAAAUCUGGCUCAAACGAUAACAGUUUUUUCACGCUGUAUGCUUCUGUCGCUGGCGGUACAUGUUUGGCUGGCACUUUCUCGUACUGGCUGCUGUAUGUUAUACUUGCGCCACGGGCAUCCCUCACUCUGCAUAAAAAGCUUGUAGGCACCAUCGCUGGCUCAACGCUCACCUAUCUGGGAGUUGUGGACAUGGGGUCCAUCUUGCCACUAUUCGGCCAAGAUGCGGGCGUGUUUUCGCGGAAAUUGCCCUUCUACUCCAUGCGCACCGCGUAUACCGCAUUUUCCAUCAUCAUCAAGACCGUCAUCAUUGCGUCUGGGGCCUCCUAUUUCGUCGUCAUCCUCCCACUUGUUGUGUUUGCGCUGUAUCGCCUUCAGCGCUUCUACUUCAAAACUUCCCGUCAGCUACGAAAAUUGGAUGUAGAAGCGAAGACGCCCUUGUUAAAGCGAUUUGAGGAAACCGCCGAGGGCAUCUUAUAUAUGCGCGCUUUCCGCUGGCUCAAGGCAGAUACUAGAAUCAGCUUUGGUCUCUUGAACAUUAGCCAGCGGGCAUUCUUUUAUCUUUACUACUUCCAGCAGUGGCUGGUAGUGGCACUUGGGCUAUUGACCAGCUGUAUUGCAGUCUGCUUCGUCUCGUAUGUGGUGUUCUUCCCCCACACUACCACCGAAGCAGCUAUUGGUCUGUCGCUCCUGACUCUGUCCCAAUUCAGCUGGACCCUUGAAAGACUCUUUGAAGUUGUCACGCUGAUUGACACAUCUGCCAGUGCGCUUGAAAGAUUGCGUACCUUUUUGCAGAGAACCCCUCAGGAGCCAGACCCGGAGGUCACAGCUGCACCGCCCCUGUGGCCUUCGGCGGGAAAUAUCGAGCUUGUGGACGUCACGGCCAAUUAUGAGCCAUAUUCGGACAAUCCACCUGCUUUAAAGAACUUGACUCUCUUUAUUGAGCCUGGACAGCGGGUCGGCUUGAUCGGCUCGAGUGGCAGCGGCAAGACGUCAGUCCUCAAUGCCAUUCUGGGACUAGUCGAGUACACCGGGAUGAUCAAAAUCGACGGCAUAGAUAUAGCCACGCUAUCGAGAGAUGAGAUUCGAUCCCGCUUGGUUACAAUCUCGGAAGAUCAAGUUCGUCUCGAUGCCUCGAUCCGAGUCAACUUGCUACCCUUCACCAUGAACAAGGUGGAGAGCACGGAUCCUGUGCAACAGCAAAUCGAACAAGAGCAAGCAAAGCAGCAAGAUCAGAUACUCGAAGAAAUGCUUAGUCGCUUCGGCAUAUGGCAGCAACUACUCCGAAAGGACGGUCUCAAUACUAUACUCGACGACGCGGCCUACUCGCCUGCCGAGAUGCAGCUGGUUUGCAUUGCCAGAGCGAUUUUGCGACAGCGCGAGACGGGCAGCAAGGUUGUCCUCGUGGAUGAGGUCACGAGUAGUGUUGACUUUUGGCGACAGGGCUUUGUGCAAGACAUCAUGCGGGAGUCCUUCCUUGGCUGCACAAUGCUGGUAGCGGCCCGCAGAGAGGAGUCGAUCCUGGAUGUCAGCGUGAUUCUGGAAAUGUCUCACGGCGUCAUCAUGCACGCAGCACGCAGAGAAGUGUGA